GUAUGCUAUGUGUUUUAUGUCUUGUCACGCCGUCUCCAGCCAAUAUACAAGGAAUAUGUGACAAGAAAAAGUAACGCAAUGUUCUAAUUCGCUUUUCCAGUUUGUUUUUCUACCACUUCUAUUUUAUUUAUUUAACGUGUUUGCCGAUAUUCAGUGAAUAUUACCAUGCAAAUAAUCCUCUCUAUUGGCUAUAGCCAUCCGACAUAAGGAUAGGUAUCACUGGUUUUGUUAAUAAUCCUGAGAUCACGUGGACGAGUUGUUUUAAAUCUCAGCUAAACCACUAAGGUCGCAAAGUUCUUCCGUUGUAAACGUUGACGCAAAAUAUUCGUUCCUGCCAGUUCUUUUAAUGGGAUGUAAGGAGAUAUUAUAAUUAAGUUUUGUUAUUGGCAGAAGUAAAAUAGUAUGCAAUAUAUCCUCUCGUUUUCAAGAAGAAUUUUAAGAAUAUUGUGUAAUAAUUUGUCACGAGCAUUUUGUAUUUUUAUGUUCUCUUUUUAACAAACGUUUGUAAUUAUUUCUAUGCUCGUGUGAGGUCGAAGCUGGGUGUUUUUAGGUAUAUGUUAAGGAUACUUUUCAUUAAUCAAACAUGCGGUUUGUAGUACCAUGGCUUAAUCCGUGUAUUCAGGACUGAGCUAUUAUUGCGCCUUUCAAUAACACUGAUGCGGACUUAAAAAUUCAAAGCUCAACCGACAGUGUUGACUAUUCAGAGCUCAACGAAACAGUGCUCGGCAGCAGUCGGAAGGUGGGAGGAGCCGCCGAACAUUUGAUUGAUGGUAACGAAAAACGCAUUUGUCGGUUGAGCUUUGAAUUUUAGAGUCCUCGUGUUAUUGAAAGGCGCAGUAACGUACUACUCGAUUUUCUUUGACACUUUGACAGCUUUUACCGGUGGGCAAAACUUCGCAGCCAAUCACGUCUCUAUCCUGUCUAGUUUAACUUCUCCCCCUCCCGGACUAAAAACAACUCAUCUUUUGAUUGGACUAGCUGGAAUGAGGACACUCAAAAGAAAGCAGUCAAAAUGUGAUAUCAAACAUUUUAACAUAAGUUGUAGCUAAAGGCACGUUUUUCUUACCAAUCCGAUCAAUUCAUUUGUUUUGUAUGAUUCGGAAGGUGAGAAAAUGUGUGUUUUAACAUUUGUAUUGUAAACUAUAGCUUGUUUUAAUUACUACAAUGUUAUUUAAUUUUCAAGUUGCAUUCAUAGAAUCCUACAUAUUGAGUAAAGACCCGUUGUAUUGUGCACUGGCAAGUGUUGUAUUAAAAAAUCCGCUCCAGAAAAGCGCACGUGUGAUUUACAUGGCAACAUCUGAGACGUUUGACGGCGAUUGUUUUCUUUGGUGACCUGCGCAAUGCAACUAAAAUUACAGGAAAAUGACCAUUAGUUUAUGCCCGUUUCAUGGUGAAUAAAUUAUGUCGGGGGCACUUUUGGUGCUCUUCUCAUUUACAAGUUUUUUUGUUUUUUUCUUUUUUACAGUGAUAUAUUUUCAUGCUUACCUCUCUACCCACAGCCACACUGUUAUCCUGCGUAGCCUGGCGAGAUUUGGCGCACGCCAUUGCUUGGUUCCCACAGAGAUCUGUUUCUGGAGUGAGAAUGUCACAAAGACAGACAGAAAGACAGACAGAUAGUAACACAAGUAGACAGUGGGAGGAAAGGAGGAGAAGAGUGUGGUGUCAUAUCAUGUACAGCGGCUGGUAAUCAAGCCCGUUCAGGGCCCUUCCCAUCAGACCAAAAUUUUCGGUUUGAAUUUCCGGAAAUUUUGAGUGGCGAAUGAAACAUUCCAGUAAACGAUUACCUCGCGCGGCGAAGUAUACUUAAAUUUGACUCAAACUUCUUACUACCAAACUGUAAAUUUCCGAUCUAUUUGAUUUUCCAUUCGAAACACAGUAUUCGGCUUAUUGUAGUUCGCAUGUCGGAAAUUCAACAAUUUUCGGAUUCUCCGGAGACUUUUCAGGGAAAAUAUCGUAGGAGCUGUUCCCGCUUCAAAAGUUCUGGAAUUUUUAGCCGAAUGUAAAAAGCAAGUGCCCUGAACCUAGUCUGCGUUGCUUGGUAAGAUAGCCUGAAGGUCCCCUCCCCCGUCACCCUUAAGUCGUCACAUGUAAUAUUUGUGUAGUUUCCAUGGAAAUGAUGCAAUUGUACGGUUCUGAAGUGUGCAUUGAAGAGGAAUUUCAGCCUUUUCAGACCUCAAAACGGAUUCUAAUUCCUUCUUUCCGUCAGAAUUUAAAAGGAAAAAAAUCACAACAAGUAAAUGAAAUAUAUCUUCAAAAAGCUCAACACCAUGACACCGUUUUUCAGUCCCUGCGGCAUUUUGAUCCGUUUUUGUGUGGGAGGCUGGUGAAUCUUGUUUACAUAACGACUGGCUUUGUGGUACCAUCGCAUGGUCAUUUGCAUGCCAAUAAAAUUUAGCUGCCCUUUAAAUGUUUACAAAAUAGUGCCACCAGGCUUAUCAAAUUAUUUUAUUUAUUACUUUGCUAAAAAUAAUUUUGAAAUAACACGAUAUGUAUUUCAACUGGGCCUUCAGUCUAUGGCCGUAGCAAACCAUACCAAGUAGUGAUGAAAACUGAACUCGAUAAACUGAAGUUUCGCGCAAAUGCAUCAUCAUACAUUUAGUUACUUUAGCGGCCUCUUCCGAAAUCAUCGAGAAAAAUUAAAACUCCAAAUACUUUCUGGAUUAACAUACAGUGCAUACGUGAAUUCAGGCAUUUUCCCGAUGUUAUCUGUGUGCCUUUUGUCAGUUUGUGGGCUAAUUAACACUAAAGUGUUUUGAAGAAAAAAGAACAAACGCAGCCUGGCAGUUUCAGUUGUCUUUCUGUCAUUCCAGGCAAGCUAUCAGCUUUAAUUGACGCCCUAGAUAUGGAAAUUUAUUCCGAAGUGAAUGAAUCAAGAUAAAGCAAGCUAGAAGGAGUAUUCGUGGGUAGUUGAAAAGCCGCUCGCGGAUCUUAUACUGUUUUCUUCAUCUAAAAGAAAAGAACUUGGCUGGAAACUCUGAAUAUUUGAGGAUUUACUAUUUGGAGGAGCACUCGGCUAAUCAGUCGGUUAAUCUCGGCUUUCUGGUAAUCGCUUGUCACAAUUCAGCGGUCCCGAAUUUACUGAGCUGCGACAGGAAAAACAUCUUCUGUUUGAAAUGAGUGGCCUAAAUGCUUUGAUGUUCGCGCUCGCCUUGGUUUUUUGGAUGCAAGCAAGAAUAACCAACAGUUCAACGAAGGGAACUUUGCAGACUUCUACAACUGUUACAAACAGCCCUGCAGCUCCAACAAGCGUUACCGUGCAGGUUUCCCAAAAUGUUACAAGCAGCCCUGUACAUGUAGCGUCAGCAAGCAUUACCGUCCAGGCUUCCGAAAAUGUUACUGUGAGCAGCCCUGAAGCUUCAGCAAGCGUUACCGUACAGGCUCGUCAAAAUGCUACCUUGAGCAGCCCUGUAGCUUCAGCAAGCGUUACAGUGCAGGCUUCUGAACAAGCUACAAGCAGCCCAUUAGCCUCGGCAAGUGUUACCGUACAGGCUUCUGAAAAAUUUACAAGCAGCCCCGUAGCCCCAGUAAGCGUUACCGUACAGACUUCUAAAAAUGCUACAAGCAGCCCUGUAGCUUUAGCGAGCGUUACCUUACAGGCUUCUGAAAUUGUUAGAAGCAGCACUUCGACAUUUGCUAUGCAGGCUUCCCAUAAUGUCACUAUCACUUUGAGUCCCCACCCUACCACAGGAAGCAUUGCAUCUGUUCAUUUCAACAAAACGUCCCAACCAUCGACGCAAGUUUCUCCAAAUGCUUCCUCCUUCACUUCGUUCACAAACAUAAUGGUGACGAAUUCUUUAUCCUCGAGAGCUGUUUUAGCAACAGCAUUCACAUCGCAGUCAGUUUCCACGUUUUCAGCACCAGGUCAGACCUCUAAGACGAGCAGGCUUCCAUCUUCAGUCGUAACCUUGCCUUCUCCCACUGUCAGCCAGUCUACCCAGGUCGGCACCUCAACGCUCGCUCAGUCUUUCUCCAAGAAAACUGUCUCAGUUAUGACAUAUCUUGUAGGGUCCCUGACAGUAUCCACAAGUAAUUCCAGCUCGACGUCGUCUCCUCCAGUAAACACUACAUCUGCCGCUUCACCUGCCACGCCCACGACUGCUCAGCCUACUGCUCCAACUUUGCCACCAGGAGGAACCAAAGUUGUCAACAUGGAGGUCUCCUUCGACAUUGUAUUUAAAGAGGAAUACAGAGAUACAGGCAGUCCAGAGUACGAGGAACUGAAAAAUAAUCUGACAACGAGCUUGGUAAAAGUUUACAAAAACGUCGACGGUUUUGUUGGCGUGCGCAUCCUGUUUAUAACAGAAGGAAGUGUAGUAUGCAAUUACAUCGUCAUCUUGGCAAAGGACUCAAAAGUAAAGGAGAGCGAGUUGAAGGAAAAGCUACAGCAGGCAAGCAACGCAGGAGAAGUAGUCAAGGUGAAGAGUAUAAAGGUUAAAGAGGAUGACUCGGAGGAAACUGAAGAGAAGCUGCCAAAAUGGGCAUUGGUGGUCAUGAUUGUCCUGGGAUGUCUGUCAGCAGUUUUCCUUGUCACUGUGAUAUACGUCUGUGUUAAAUACAGGAGGUCUAUCUAUGGAAACAGUGAGGCGUACCUGGUGUCAACCGGAGAAAUUGGAUUGGUACACACGUACGAUACAGUGUCGAUAGGUGACAAUAAAACAGGAGCCAAUCAGAGAACUGCUCAGAAACCAGCUGCUGAGAGACGAGUUAUUGGAUCACACACCAAUCCUGCCUAUGGCUCGAACGUUGCUCUUGCUGACUAAGAAAACCCGUCAAGUCCGCGUCAGGCACAGGAAGUCUGCAUGGAAUACAGUUUGCUUCAACGUGGUUCAUGCAGUAGAUAAUAGACUGAUAGAUUUCAUAUCUAGUAUAUGCCCUAUAUCUAUUGCCUGACAGUUAUAUAUAGCAAUAAUUUGGUCGCCUAUACUAAACUGAAUUUGUAUGGUAGGGAUAUAUUACUAAACGGCAUCAACCUGACGGCGGAUAGAAAUUACACUUAUGUAGGAGAAUUCAGUGUAUAGAUGUCACACAUUGAACAUUAUCAGAGUAUUGGAAUAAAUUACCAUCCUAUCUCAAGAGUCAGGAAGGGGAGUAAAGGGACUCUAGAAUUUACACCAACGGGGAAGCUCGUCAUACAUUGUCGUGUCUGUUACAGCUCCGUUCAUCGCUACUCGACCCUGUUCGAUUCAAAGUUUUCCACAGCAGAUACCCAUUAUGAUAUGUAUGUAUACUAAGCCCAGCAGGGAAACAAAGCUGACUAGGUAUCCACAAAUGAUCUUUAAAAAUCUUAAACGCCCUAAUGUCGCUGCUGUACGAUUACUACCUCUUGUGCAGUUGGUAGUUGAGCUUCAGUGUACAUCCAUAGGUGGUUUUAAGUGCCCGCCCUUUUCAAAACUUCUGAUGAGCAUCUGAGCCGCCAUUUAUCUAUGGAUUCCCCGCCGGACUCUCCGCGCUCUCUCUCUGUAUAAUGUGUUGUUCGGUAUUCUCCUUGGUCAACCAUUAGAAUAUCAUAUAUAUAUGAUUUAUAAAUUAAGUCUAAAAAUUAGAAUUGACUUAUUUGAAAAAAUAGGACCCUUUAACAAGUGUUGUUAUGCCUGUAAUAUGUAUAUUAAUAUAUCGAUGUACAAUCAAUUACCUAUAUUUCUAGAACUAUUUGUUAAUUACAUAUUUCUUUAAGGCACAGAAACUGGCAGAGCCGAGUUCCUUGACAUGUGCAUUUAGU